UGUUAACCCUGUUAAGUGUUAACCUGUUGGCUCUAGAAUGACUUUUCCAUGUUUUAGUCCCACUUAAUGGAGUAUAUAAACAUGGUAGUGGGGGAUCAAACAUUAAAAAGAAACAGAGCAACUCUGUUACACUCUGAGGUCUCCCAUAUAGAGAGAAACACACAAACACACAGAGUAAAUGGAUUGUUCCUCCAACCCCCACUCAUCAAACUCCGAUUUUUCACCAGAAUCCUCAUUCGGGUCACCAGAAUCGUUUUCUUUGUACAAUCACUCCCUCCCCUUCAACGAAAAUGACCCAGAAGAGAUGCUUCUCUAUGGCAUGAUCACAUCAUCACAACAACAAGCACCGAUUGGCAGCAAGGUGAAUGAGGCAAGCAGCAUGGAGAAGAACAAGGCCUACCGAGGCGUCCGGCGGAGGCCGUGGGGGAAGUUCGCGGCGGAGAUAAGGGACUCCACGAGGCACGGCAUAAGGGUGUGGCUGGGAACCUUUGACAGCGCUGAAGCAGCAGCACUGGCUUAUGAUCAAGCUGCUUUCGCCAUGAGGGGUUCCUCUGCAACUCUCAAUUUCCCAAUUGAGAAGGUCAAGGAGUCACUCAGGGACAUGAAUUACCAUCUCUCUCAGGAUGGUGGUGGUGAUGGGUGUUCCCCUGUGGUGGCUUUGAAGAGAAAGCACUCCAUGAGGCGCAAAAUGGGUGCCAAGAAACAGAAGAAUGAGACUGAUGUUAGGAUAGGCAAUGUGGUUGUCUUUGAGGAUCUAGGAGCAGAGUAUUUGGAACAGUUGUUAAUGUCAUCAGAAAAUCAAACUAUUUGGUGAAUCAAUGAUUGAAAUAUAUAAUUUUGAGCCAAACUAUAUGUUAAAUCUUUAUUCCUUGUAUUGGUUAAA